GAUGCUCUGUCUCCUUCAUCCUCUCUGUCUUUUCUUCAGUCAAGUGGUCAGACCUGGGGAGUGCUAUUAUUGGGUGCACUUCAGCCAGAACCGUCUGUUUUGCAUCGCUUCUUUUGUUUAAUGGAUAGAGCGUUGGAUCUUAUUGUUUCGGGACGGGGAUUUGUUUUAAGAGGAUGAAAGCGGAGAACAUCACAGCUGCUUCCAUAAAAAAGACUGGACAAAAAAUGUUUGGAUCGUUACUGUUUUUUUUUGUUUUUUUGACUGAAAGCAUAUCUAGAACUUUUUUUUAAAGUUCUUUUUGGGUUCCAGUAAAAUUGUCCUUGUAUUUUUAAACAUACUCCAGGAUCUUGCAGCCAGAUGUGCUUUGCUAUUCUUGGGCUAUUUGAACAUCAAAAGGACUCCACUAUUAUCCUGGAUCAUUGACAAAACUGUGGUUUGCUUCGGAGGUGUUUAGUACCUAAAAUUAACUUCUGUUGACAUUACAAAUUCCAUCAGCUCUGUAGGUGUGUGUGAGGUAGCGCCAAAGCUUUCUGUGAAAGUUGGAAUAAGCCUGUGGUUAGUUGACGGUCACCCUUUAUGGCAUUUGAGUCGUGUCCUCUUACUGGAGCAGAGAGGGCCGUGUGCAGACUGGUCCACCAUGGCGCCCGACCGCAGUCCAUGCUCAGGCCGAUCCACUUGGAGCUUCAGGUGUUUGUGGAAAAAACUCGAAGCAAGCGGAAACACAGGAUGGAGGCGUCUUGCUUGGAGUUGGCCCUGGAAGGAGAAAGGCUGUGCAAAGCUGGAGACUUUAAAGAAGGAACAGCCUUUUUUGAAGCCGCGGUGCAAGUUGGCACAGAAGACUUGAAAACUCUUAGUGCCAUCUACAGCCAGUUGGGUAAUGCCUACUUUUACCUGAAGGAAUAUGGCAAAGCCCUGGAGUUCCACAAACAUGACCUUAAUUUGGCUAGAAACAUAGGAGACAGGAUUGGGGAAGGAAAAGCUAGCAGUAACCUUGGUAACACUUUGAAAGUGUUGGGGCAAUUUGACGAGGCUAUCGUCUGCUGCCAAAGACAUCUGGAUAUUUCUCAAGAACAAGGCGAUAAGGUGGGAGAGGCCAGAGCACUGUAUAACAUAGGAAACGUGUUUCAUGCAAAGGGGAAAAAGCAGUUGUGGGGAUGCACACAGGAUCCAGGAGACCUGCCCCCUGAUGUCAGAGACACAUUACAAAGGGCUACCACGUUUUACGAGAUGAAUUUAUGUUUAGUCAAAGAGCUUGGUGACCGAGUUGCUCAGGGGAGAGCCUAUGGGAACCUGGGCAACACCCAUUACCUGCUGGGUAACUUUGUUAAAGCUAUCACAUUUCAUCACCAGCGAUUAGCCAUUGCCAAGGAAUUUGGGGACAAAGCUGCAGAGCGACGAGCCUACAGUAACCUGGGAAAUGCCUUCAUAUUCUUGUCCCAGUUUAACACAGCCACUGAGUACUACAGGAAAACUCUGCAUCUUUCCAAGGAGCUAAGGGACAAGGUGAUGGAGGCUCAGGCCUGCUACAGCCUGGGCAACACCUACACUCUGCUGCAGCAGUAUGACAUGGCCAUAGACUACUACCUUAAACACCUGUACAUUGCUCAGGAACUCACAGACAGAGUUGGAGAAGGGCGUGCGUGCUGGAGUCUGGGAAAUGGAUAUGUGUCUUUGGGAAACCUAAAACAAGCCCUUUACUAUGCCCGAAUGCAUCUGGAAAUCUCUAAAGAAAUUGGAGACAGAAAUGGGGAAUUGACAGCCAGGAUGAAUGUACAGCAGCUGAGUACGUCACUUGGAGUAUCUGAGGAGGACCUAUCACCCUCCAGUUCAGAAUUUGAGAUUCAAGGUGCAAGACCCAAAAGCACCAUGAAAAACAGCACGGACAGUGUGGAACUGUGGAAGUACUCUUCAGAUAAGAAUGGUAAUUGCCAAAACUUAGAAGGUGCGCCGAGAAGAUCCAAGGGUCAGCCAUGGCAGUCCGUUAAAAGAAAAGGCUGUUCGGACAGUCAGGGGUCAGACGAAAGGCCGUGGUUGGACUCUCCCGUAGAUGCAGAUGACAUCACAGUCCUAGUCCCGCCUCCUGUAACUAAGCUGAGCUGUGAACCCCCCGAUGAAGACUGCUUCAUCGAACUCCUCAGCAAGUUCCAGAGCAGCCGCAUGGAUGACCAGCGCUGCCAACUCGAGGAGCCGCAGAGCAACGGGGAAGCCGGGGCAAACGCAGCAAGCCUGAACAACGCGAAAGAUGCGGCACUUACCACUUCCCCUCAGACCGAGGAGCUGUUCGAUCUCAUCGAGAGCUCUCAGGGUCGUCGACUCGAUGAUCAGCGUGUAAAUGUUGGCAACCUUCCAGGUCUUAGGAUCACGCAGAACAACCUGGGUCAUUUGGUUGGGGAGGGCGACCGCCAGGAACCCGGCGAUGAUUUCUUCAACAUGCUGGUAAAGUGCCAGUCCUCAAGGAUCGACGAUCAGCGCUGCACCCCACCAGAACCCGGCCCCCACGCCCCAACGGUGCCUGAUGAAGACUUCUUCAGUCUCAUACAGCGGGUGCAGGCCAAGCGAAUGGACGAGCAGCGGGUCCAGCUGCCCAGCGACGACCAACCCAGCCCUCCCUCGCCUGAUCCAGAACCUCCUCGUGGAUUCCCCAGCUAGAGGCUGUGCAAUCAACGUGCACAACAGCAUUUUAACAUAAAGCAAAAAAAGAAACACGUGUGUUUAAAGACAGCAUAAAAAGAGGGGAGGGAUUAAAAAAACUAAAAGGAAACUCUGUGUGCAAAAGGUGGUGACCUGUUAAGUGUUGCUUCAUUUGUACAAAGUGUGUGUAUAUUUAAAAAAGAAAAAAGCAGAGAUGUGGUAAGAGCAAGAACAAACUUGACCUACAUUUUUCCACGCUCAAACUAAUGCCUUAAUUAGACGUUUUUUUUGGACCCGUAAAUGUAUUCCUUGGUGUAUUUUCAGGGGUGCAUUGUGGUCAAACACUAAGAAAUGGGAAGUUUAUUUGAAGUCAAGGUGAAGAGUGCAAUGCAGUUUCAUGACUGAAUAAGUGUUAAUGUUAAUGUUAGAUUAAUUUAUUGCUAAUUGUGCUCUUACAAAUGCUUUUUUUGUUUCCGCCAUUUUAUGUUUUGUGAUUUGAAUUCUUCAUAGAAGGGUGCAGUAUUACCUUUUUUGGGCCUCCAGUGUUAUUAUGCUCUGGUCACUUUAUAGUUUUGUUUUGAAAAAUCCUACACCUGUUUAUGUCAGUUUGAAAAGGUGUUUACAUUUUUUUAAAGCUCAAACUGACAUGUAUGCAUGCAGUGGUAAAAUCCUAUGCUUCACAAAAUAUGAAGGUAUUCUUUAAAAUUGAAAUUUUAUUAACUCUACUGCCUCCCUGUGGUCAAAAUAGGUAUUACCCUGUCAAAAACCUGCCAGUAAGGAUUCAAACUUUUUGUUGAAGUUUUUUAUUUUUAAUUAUGAAUUUGACAAUUUUGUAAGUUAUUUUAUUUUAUUUUUUGAGUGUGUUUAAAUGUUUAUAGAGUUAACUCUAAGAGCGAUGCUACAUCUUUUAAAUCUAUCGGUUCGGAAAAUAAUUAACUGGAGGCUUUUAAAUCAAAAAUCAUGCAUACCUCACUUGUACCUGCAAGCUUUUAUCGACCCUAGAUAUUCUUGAUUUAAACCACAAAAAAUUUGCCUCAUCUCAUUUUGAUAAUUAACACUUAUGGGAGCUGCAAUUAAUAUAUUCUCCUUUAUUCUGACUUUUGUGUGAUUGAACAUUUAUAGACAUUAACUGGCAUCCUUCUGAUUGUCUUUGCCAUGAUUUGUACAUAAAAAUGUACUUUGUAUUUAUGUUUUAGGGCAUGGAAGUGACCCAUCAUGCUUUUAAUAAAAUGAUUCAGAUGUU